UUCUUGCAGGUUUUCGAAAGUGGAAGGUGUGACAUGCCCCUCAUGUCCUCGGGAUGGCAAUUGCGAGUCGGUAAAUUUGAAAGGAAGCCGAACGUCCGUCCGUAAUCUGGUAAUCAUGGUGAUGACGCCAACACGACCACAUUCUUGCACAGAGAUGUUUGAGCUAUUUGAAGAAAAGGCCAAGCUGGAGACGCAAAUCCAGGCACUGCGCCGUGAGAUGGUAAGCCUUCAAAAGCAGAUCAAAACUGGUGACUACAAGACGAAGAAGACGACAGACUCGGAGUCCUGCUCUAAGAAAUGCCCGACGGUCAAGGAAGCACCACCGGCGGAAGAAGAUAGCGGGGGAGUGCUCUUCUCCACUUUGUCAGACAAGCGGAAACGACCAGCAAGUUCAGCGAGAUUCAAGGGCAAGUAUCCAUUCAAGACGACCACACUGGCUUCUAUCGACGCCAAUGAUCCCAAACUGGAAAAAAUGCUGAAUCAAGGGAGACCUGUUCUAAUCAAGAACUCCAACCUGAUGAAACCUGCAGUGGAUAGAUGGGAUCAACUGUUCUAUGCACAGAACAUCGGUGGUCCUAAACUCGCUGUGCAACUUUCCCACACACGCCAGUUUCUCUACUACGGUGAUAUGGAUGGCAAGGAGUUUGUUUGGAAGCCACCGUUUGAGCGUAACAUUGGUGUUUUCCCUGACUUCAUUGACUUGGUGGAGAAGCUGGAGAAGAACAAGAAUGGAUCCCAUAGCUAUUUUCAUUCUGCACUGGAAGAAAUAGCACAAGGCCCGCAGAUGAGACUGGACUACGAAAACUUCAACUGGAAGUGGAUCGACAGACUCAAACCAGAUCACUGGGGAAAGCUGAGCACGAAUCUGUUCAUCCUGGGAAUGCCCAAUGUUGUCACACCGGCACAUUACGACGGCUUACAGAACCUCUUUGCUCAGAUUCAUGGUUUCAAGCGCUGUAUCCUGUUUUCACCGGGUCACUUCAAGACAAUGUACCCAUAUCCACAUGGACAUCCAAAUGAACGCCAGACCCAGAUUGAUUUUGACCAUCCGAAUUUAUCCGUAUUCCCGCGGUUCGUGGAGAGCGAGGGCAUAGAGGUGAUCAUUGGACCUGGUGAUGUUCUAUUCAUCCCUACAUUCUGGUAUCAUCACUUUGAAAGUGAGAUGGACAGUAUGACGGUCUCGAUGAACUUCUGGUUUGGAGACAACGAUACUGCCCUUACCAAGCCAGCUGUUCCCCCAAAACCUCAAGACAAAGACCAGAAAACAAAGAGGGAAGAAGAGGAAGCAGCUGCUAAGGCUGAUGAUGAUUUGCCCGAGGACAUGUUUCGUCUCAGCACACUCAAGCUUCCCCCAGACACGUAUAAGUUAGAUGAGAUAUGGGACCUACUGUUGGUCAAUGAUGUAGAGUCGCUGAUUGUACAAAGCGCUGGUCACUCUCGGGUUCGCCAGUUUCUCCAGGAUGGUUUCAACCACCGCUAUGACCUAAUCAAGUAUACCGGAAUUGAGACGACGCGCAAAGACAAAGAGAAUGAAAAGAUGUACGAAGAGAAACAGAACCAGGAGCCCGAUGAUGACAACAAAGAUGAUACAAAAACAGGAGGCAAAUCAACUCGAGCAGGUCAAAAACAUAAAAAGAAGGUGGCAAAAGAGCUGGAGUCCGACGACAACUUGGGCGACGAUGAAGAGUUCGGUGAGGAAGACGGUGAAGAUGAGUAGCUGUGAAAAGACCUGGACAGGAGGGACACUGGGUGCCUUGCAGCCGCAACACACCCUAAUGUACACCGUGUGCUGCGUUUGAAUCAGCAAUUGUGUUGAGUACAAGCCGAAAUAAGGUACACAAUGUGGACAGAAUGUACGCGAUAGUGGUAGCCAAUCGCCGCAAUGAUUUCAUAGGAACACGCAACACCGGGGCCACGCUUUUCCGCCGGCCGAAUGUAACCAAGCUAUUUCAAAGCUUGGCUAAGUUCGGCCGACGGAAGAGUGCAAUCUUGUUUGUCAUGUAUUUGUUAGACCUCUCAGUGUCUUGAGUCAAUCAGGAUGCUUACAUAGACCUUGCUGCUAAUGCAGAUCUUGCAUUGCAAGAAUUCAGCAUUACGAAAUAAUUACAACUGACUUUCUCUACCAAAAUUCUCACCGCCGAUUGGACAAAUGCUUAUCGUCCACUUGAUCAUUCAUUCCAUGAUGCACACACACACACACACACACACACACACACACACACACACACACACACACACACACACACACACACACACACACACACACACACACACACACAACACACACACACACACACACACAUUCUCUCUCUCUCUCCUUCUGCCGUUUCAGACUAAAACUGUUAUCAUGCUUUUUUGUAUAACAAAAAUGACGAUGGGCUUGCUACCAUGCCUGUUCUUUUGCUGAUCAUUCUACUUUGAGAAUGUAGAUGUAGCAUAUUGCACAUCAGCGACCUAGACAUAUUUUUUAUAGAUUCUCUCUUCUUUUUUUUCUUGGAUUUUGAGUACAUGGGUCCUGCCAUCUAGAACGGUCAAUACCCACUGAAUACUCACUAAUAUCUUGUACUACAGCACAGCACACAAAGAAAAAUCUAAUGAUUGUGAAGUGAA